AGCCAACCUAUGUGGACCACACUUUAGUCAUCAGUCAAUCAUCACAUCAUCAUGUUCUGCUGGGGAGACGGUUCGAGUGGACAGUUUGGUCUAAACUUUGAGAAUGUGUCUCUUCCGAUAGCAGGAAAUAUAUUCUCUGAUAAAGUCACAGAAAUUGCUUGUGGGGAGCAACACACUUUAUUUCUCACCGUAGAUGGCAGGAUCCUAUCAUGUGGGCGCAACUCAAAGGGACAACUUGGUAGACAGAAGAAAAGAGAUUCAAAACUACCAGCCCCAGUGGAGGGUCUGGGGGUAGUGGUCUCUGUGGCUUGUGGUCAGGACCACUCUGUUGCUGUGUGCGCGUCAGGACAGGUGUACUCCUGGGGGGCAGGGGGUGAGGGACAGCUGGGCAUCACCCUUACUACUGUCUCCAAAGCCCCCAGGCCAAGACCAGUUCAAAUACCUUCGCCCUUGCCGAUAACAGUGAUACAGGUUGCUUGUGGAAAUUCCCAUUCUUUGGCCCUGACUAAAGGAGGACAGGUGUUCUCAUGGGGUCUGAACAGCCAUGGACAGCUGGGCCUGGGGAAGGGAGUCCCUCUGCAGCCCAUACCUGCCCUGGUGCGCUCCCUCAUAGGGGUCCCAGUGACCCAGGUAGCAGCCGGAGGAACCCACACUCUGGCCCUCACCCUCCCAGGCCUGGUCUACUGCUGUGGGGCGAACAGGGCUGGGCAGCUGGGACUCAACCGUGUGGAUGAGAAAGGCCGGUUCAACAUCUGUGCUGUGCCUGCUCUCAGAGUCUUGGGGGUUUCCUUCAUCAGCUGUGGAGAGGCACAUUCUGCUGUUCUCACCAAGGAUGGACAGGUGUUCACCUUUGGAGAGGGCCCCCGAGGCCAGCUUGGGCACAACACAUCAGCUAACGAACUCCUACCCAAACUGGUAGAGGGUAUGGAUGGACUGGCCUCACAGAUAGCAUGUGGCAGCCAUCACACCCUGGUGCUGGGGUCCUCAGGUCAACUCUGGGCCUUUGGCAGUGGGGUCAAAGGUCAGCUAGGGACUGGCAUUACGGAGGGCUGCUUGCGACCCACCUUAGUGCUGCUGGAAAGGGCUUCUGGUGGGGCAGCAACAGUCUUACACAACGACAUGAAGAUAUCAGUGGGAUGGAAUUCAAACUUCAUUUACACCACUGAGAGUUCUGAAAGAGAACAGCCAAUCGGGAGGUUAGAUAAAGCCAAGCUGCAAAAAUGGCUGUCGAUGGAGCAAGGAAAUUCAGAGGCGCAAAGAGAAAUAUCCUUGAUGUUCUCAACAAGUUCAAGUCUUGUGGCCAGUUUCACCAAAGCCAGUGAGUCUCCAUCAACUAAAGCUGCAGGAGCUUUAAGAGUGGACCUAGAGGCUGCUAGCCAGGCUUUUGAUCAGCUCUUCAACAUCCCAUGGAUCAGGAAAUCAGUAAAUAUAUUGCCACUGGUGGACACUCUUUGCAGUUCAGCAGCUGUCAUCAAGUCACCAGAGAUCUUUAUGCUACUACCCACAAUCCCUCUUCUCCACGAUGACCAGAAUGUCAUGAACAUGGUCAUGGCUUUAGCAAUAGUUAUCGCUGAGGAUCUGAAUGAAACGGCCAUGAAAAUUUUAAAAGACUGGUGGUCGUCACUGGAGCCUUCCAUCAUGACUAAGCACAUUCUGAUAUGGAAGAAUGCCCUGUCAUUCAUGCUGAGGAACGGUCUUCUGGCUACCCACAACCCCGGAGUCAAAUUCCUGCUGGAAGCCCUCAAGUACCUCCACAGAGCAAACAAAAGGGCCAGAAGAACCCAGGAAGUUCCCGCCAGUACCUUUUAUGUGGAAGAGAUCAUUGAUAGGAUAAUUCCUAUGGAUGAUGUGAAGCUUUGGCGCUUUUGGUCAACAAGGGAGGACACAGAGGUGACACCAGUCAUCUUUUGCCGUUACCCAUUUGUGUUGAGUCUGAUCUGCAAGAUGGCGAUUUUCAACAACAAUGCACUUUUUACUAAGGUGGUUCACCAUCUCACCCACCGGCUAACAGUGAUGUAUCCUUCUGGAACGUUCCGAGACAACCCAGAAUCUCCCCCUGCUCCAGUCUUCCAGUUGACCUUAAGGCGCCCGUCACUCAUCGAAGACACCUUCAGACAACUGGGUGCUGCAGAUCAUGACUACUUCCAGAGAGAACUUGUGGUGCGGUUUAUGGAGGACAUCAAGCUGUCGCUCGUCAACAUAAGGGACUUUUUCCUCCAUGUGUUUGAAGAGCUGUUGGCACCAGAGUCUGAGAUGUUCAUGUACAACGACACCAAGACACUGGUCUGGUUCCCUGCCAAGCCCAGAGUGGAGGAGAAGAGCUACUUCCUGUUUGGUGUCUUGUGUGGCAUGGCCCUGUACAACCACAACAUUGUACACCUGCCCUUCCCUCUGGCCCUGUUCAAGAAGAUGGUGGGGGUCAAGCCCUCACUGGAGGACCUGAGAGAGUUUGACCCUGUUGUGGGAGGGAGUUUGCGGUACCUCUUGGAGGACUACACUGAUGAUGAUGUUGAAGAAAACCUGGACAUGACCUUCACCGUGAUCUGGGAUGACCAGAAGGUGGAGUUGGAUCCCAAAGAAACAGGAAAACCAGUCACAAGUUUUAACAAGAAGCAGUUUGUUGAUGCCUACGUCAACCUUGCCUUCAACCAAUCAGCGGAGAAGGUGUUUGAAGAGUUCAGGAGAGGCUUCUUCAAGGUGUGUGACAGGGACGUGGUGGAGUUGUUCCAGCCUGAGGAGCUCAGGGGAGUCAUGGUGGGGAAAGAGGACUACGACUGGGACACGCUCAAACAGAACACUGUGUAUGAUGGAGAGUACCAUGCCAGACAUCCCAACAUCAUCACAUUCUGGGAGGCUUUUGAGGAACUGACAGACGACCAAAAGAAAGCUUUCCUCCUGUUCCUGACGGGCUGUGAGCGCGUUCCUAUCCUGGGCAUGGACAAGAUCCAGAUUACUGUGGCAGUCCUGCAGAACUCUACUGAACUACAUUUCCCAGAAUCCCAUACCUGCUACUUCCUACUCUUUCUGCCCAUCUACCCCUCCAAGGAGAUGCUGCUGGCCAGGCUCAAAGAGGCGGUGGCCCACAACAGAGGCUUCUGGAAGGAGUAAUGGACACUAUAUAUAGGCUACUGCUGUGUUAAUUAUUUCAUUCAAUGUGUUUCUUACAUGUCAAUAUAUCACUUCAGUUUAGCAUAGGAUUUUCUUUGUGUUGAUAUAGCCUUCAUCUAGGUUCAGAUUUUACACAAAAAAACAACAACUUUUAAACCUUGGCUUUUUCAAGUGAACAUUUUAAAUUUGCAAAUGUUUAGGCUAUGUAUAGGCUUACCGUGUUAUUGGAAAAAACUAUCCUUGACUUAAAGUCCACUAAUUUUGAAUGUGAGUUAUGAAAAAACGUUUUUUAUGUAAUUCUGUAUGGGAACAUCCUUUUUUCUGGACUGCAUUAUAUUUUGACUAUCGUGUCUGUAUCUUGUGUUCUUUUAACAUAAUAAUUAUUUAUGUAUCUAAAUAAUACAGAUAUUAGUUUCACCUUAAAGUAUUUUCUUUCAUAAUUGAGUAUUCCCUCAAAUGCUGAGCAGUGGUGUGGUUUCUCCAACAACCUGCAUAACCUUCCCAGCUAGCACAUAACGUUCUGAGAACUAUAUGUUUCUUCUUCGUUUUGCAUACAACCUUCCCUUAACAUUUCCUUGUGGUUCUAUUUAAAGUAAAUUGUUCA